UUUUUCCUAGUUAUUUCAAAUUUUUGGAAAGUCAACCAGGUCAUAUGAAAAAGACUAAAAAGAAAUCACAAGAUCAUGAUGAUGAUGAUGGUAAUAGUGAUGAUAAUGACAGUGAUUCAGUUGCUGAUUCUGAAUUCGAUGCUUAUCUUGCUAAACAUGAAAAGAGUCUGUUUCCCCCUGGUGAAGAAUGGGAAAAUGAUGCUGAACCGGAAUUCAGUGACAAAGAUUUCAUGGAUGAUGAUGAUGAUGAUGAUGAUCAGGAUUCAGCCGAUGAAGAAGAGGAUGCCAAGGAAUAUGACUUUUCAGAAAUGGAUAAUAUCGAUUUGUCAACGCAUCAUUCAAAGUCUAAGAAAAAAAUGAAAAAAUCCAUUGAACCAAAAAGCACAUAUCAUAAAUUUGAAGAUGAUGAAGAACCAGUUGUUGACAUGGAUGAUGAUAAUGAAAGUGCUGAGGAUGGCGAUGAUGAUGAUGAUGAUGAUGAUGACGACGAGGACGAUGAUGAUGAUGAUGAAAUUCCUGGUAAACCAGGUCAAUUCAAUUUAAAUAAUCUAUUUGCAAGUGCUGAAGAAAUUGGUCAUUUAUAUGAUGUACAAGAAACAAGUAAAGAAAAACGUCAACGUUAUUGGGAACAAAAACGUUUACAUUCACAGAAUAGUAAUAAUAGUCGUAAUAGUUUUAGUAAACAUAACAACCGCCGUCGCCACAACCACCAACAUGGUGAAAAACAAAAAGAUUCAAAGAAAAGCAAACCAACAAAGCCUAAUCAUCAUCAUCUGAAAUCUAAGAAACAAGGAAACACGAAGUUAAAGAAUCGAACUGGAUCAAAGCGGCCACGUCAUCAUGCAUAAUAUCGUUCACACAGACAACAAUUGUAAAAAAAAUUUUGUAUAAUCCCCAUUUUUUUGUUACCAGAGAGAAAUAAUUCUUAUUUCGUGAUACAGGGUUAUUAUUUUUU